AUGGACCAGAAGAUCACAGUUCACGAUAUUCAUGAGCCAAAUACUGGAACUUGGCAAUAUGUCGUCGCAGACCCGUCUACUAUGAGCGCGGCCAUUAUCGAUUCCGUCUUGGACUUUGACCCUGCCUCCGCCAGCAUCAGUACGAAAAGCGCAGAUGGUUUGCUCGCUUUAAUUAAAGACAAGGGCUACAAAGUAGACCUGAUUCUGGAGACACACGCCCAUGCCGAUCACCUCACUGCCGCAGCAUACUUGCAGGACCAGCUUGGAAAAAGUCAAGGCUCUCGACCCGAAAUAGGCAUUGGCAAGCGCAUAGCCGAGGUGCAAAAGCGAUUCGGGGAUCGGUACGGCGUCAAAAAGGACGACUAUGAAAAUGCUUUUGAUAGGCUAUUUGAGGACGAGGACGAGUUCAAGAUUGACAACAUCUUUUGCGGCGACUCCCUUUUCAACGCCGACGUCGGUUCCGCGCGCUGCGACUUCCCCGGCGGCGAUGCGACGCAGCUGUAUAACUCGGUGCAGAAACUGCUCAGCCACGGACCGCAUGUCAAGAUAUGGACUGGACAUGACUACCCGCCCGAGGCCAGGGCUGGUCGUGCCAUCUCGGCCAUGACGGUCAGCCAGCAGCGGGAACAGAACAAACACCUCAAAGACGGGACCUCGCAGGACGAGUUUGUGACUUGGAGGAGCGAGAGAGACGCCACCUUGAAAGAACCGCGCUUGAUUCACUAUGCUUUACAGAUUAAUAUCAGGGCAGGACGACUGCCGAAGCCGACGACAACGGGCGAUCGAUUGGUUCAUGUACCGUUGAAAAGUCCAUUUUAG